AUGCAGCAGUUGUUCCACGAAAACUAUGAACAUAACCGCAAGGGUUACAUCCAAGAUCUUCACAACAGCAAGAUCCACACAGCCAUAACACUUCAUCCAAACAAAAGACCAGCCUACCAGUAUAGGCUGCACAAUUACAUACUGAGUCGCAAAAUUUCCGAACUGCGCCAUCGGACCAUCCAGCUCCAUCGAGAAAGUGUCCUGAUGAGCAAGCUCAGUAACACUGAAGUAAAUAAGGAAGAUCAGCAACUGGGAGUGAUGCUGUCUUUCAAUAAUUUCCAGCCUCGUGAAAGGGAUGAAGUCAUCGAGUGGGAGUUCCUGACAGGAAAAUUUCUUUACUCCAUGGUGGAGAACCAGCCACCCCGGCAGAGCCUGAGCAGCGUCCUGCGGGCUGCACUGGAUGAUGCUGUGAUGCAGGUCAUGGAAAUCAUAAAUGAGAACUCCAGAUCUAGAGGAAGGCUCAUUGAUUUCAAGGAAAUACAAUAUGGGUACCGCAGGGUAGACCCUCUGCAUGGGGUACAGUACAUCCUGGAUUUACUGCUUUUGUACAAAAGGCACAAAGGAAGGAAAGUCACAGUUCCAGUGAGACGUCAUGCUUACCUUCAGCAAUUGUUUAGCAAACCUUUCUUCAAAGAAGCAGAGGAGCUGGAUGUAAAAAGUUUGUUGGAGGACACCAACACUGACACUCAAUCUUUCUCUUUCCUUUCAAAUUCUUUGAAGAUCUUUUCCUCGUCGUUCCAAGGCACCAAAGACAUUAGGGGACACAGUGACAAGAAAAUACAUAUUCUUGUCCCUAUCAUGGGAAGAUUUGAUACUUUCUCAAGAUUUAUGGAUAAUUUUGAGAAGACUUGUCUGAUUCCCAAGCAGAAUGUAAAGUUGGCAAUAAUUCUCUUCAGUUCUGAGUCAGGGCAAGACUCCAGCAAACACAUAGAGCUAAUGAAAGAAUACAGCAUUAAGUAUCCCAAGGCAGAUAUGACCCUGAUUCCAAUGUCAGGAAAGUUUUCUAGAGGUUUAGGUCUUGAGAUGGCCUCUUCUCAGUUUGACAAUGACACUUUGCUGCUGUUCUGUGAUGUUGAUCUGGUAUUCACAUCAGACUUCCUCCAACGAUGCAGAGAUAACACUAUUCAGGGAGAACAGGUUUACUACCCUAUCAUCUUCAGCCAAUAUGAUCCAAAAGUAAUAUAUGGAGGCAACCCUCCAGCUGACAGUAGUUUUGUUUUCACAAAAAGAACUGGAUUUUGGAGGGAGUAUGGGUUUGGAAUUACUUGUAUUUACAAAAGUGAUCUGCUGACUGCUGGUGGAUUUGAUACCUCGAUUCAAGGCUGGGGACUUGAAGAUGUAGAUCUCUUUACUAAAGUAAUAACGUCUGGCUUGAAGGCUUUCAGAAGUCAGGAAGUAGGAGUUGUCCAUGUUUUUCAUCCUGUUCAGUGUGACCCCAAUUUAGAUCCAAAACAAUAUAAAAUGUGCUUAGGGUCCAAAGCAAGUACAUUUGCAUCUACCAUGCAGCUCGCUGGACUCUGGCUGCAGAAACAUUUGGGUGUCAGGUACAACUGGACUCUCUCCUGACAACUCAGCCUAUUUGGCCUUUUUAGGGGAGUUUGCCUCAUUGCUAUUAUUUGAUUUUGCUGUCAGUUAGUUUUAAACUCCCUCCUUGUAGUCUUCCAAAGACUGUUGACCUCAAACUGGAUGACUGCUGUUCACUGAUGUUUCUUAUACCUACUGAACUGGUGAGGUGAAUUCUUUCAUAUUUCCUUUAUUUGAAAUCCAGUCUAGUCAUGGAAAUCAUACAAGCCCAUGGAGCAUAUUCAUCGCAAGAGACUGUAUUAGAAGAAUGUUGUCUUUCAGCUUUUGGAUUCAAUAUCAUCUUUGUUGCAUUUCUCAGAUUUGAUGUGAAACAAAUAUUUACUGGUGAAGGUACCACAAAAGUGCUUUAUGCUUCUUCUGGGGAUGGAACUCUCUAAGACAAACUUGAGUUUUAUAAUUUAUAUGAGGACUUAUAUGUAUAAACGCUACUUUUCUUCAUCUUUAGAAUUUUUAAAGUAAAUGAAUAACUAUAAUUGUACCUUUAUUUUUUAAAAAAAGAGUAACGCUGAGGAGCUACUUGCAAAUACAACUGGUACUGGCUACCAAGGUCCUUAAAUGUCUUAUUAUUAAAACAACUCCUCAUUGUUAUUCAGUACUCCUCAUUGUUAUUCAGUCAAAGUGUAAAUGAACUUUAUUUUCACAGCAAACAGGAUUUAAUCAAAUGCUCAUGUACACUUUGAAGAUUUUUGAGCCAGGAUCUUUCAUUUGCAGGCAAGAAGAAACCAUGACUCAACACGGUCGUUUAUGAUAAAGUGCAAGCAUACAGUGUUCUUACUUUGAAGCACAUAGUAUAAGUUACUCUUUCUCUUUUUAGAAUGAGUAACUAAUACAUAAUUUUCUUUCACAUUCCUUUCAUAAGGCUGCACUUCAGUGUUGAAAGUUAAAGUUUUUUGGGUUUUUUUUACAUUUUUCAUGAAUAUUGGUACUCAGUAGCAACUUGUUGUUAAAAUUAAAGUAACUGUAGAAUAGUUAUUUAAGUUUCAAAACUUACUAUUGCUGGUCAAAGUUUCUUGCCAAUAUAUUUAUAUUAGUGGAGGUUAUAAGACUAUGUUCAGAUUUAUCUCUCCAAACAGCCUGACACUGUCAUAUUGUGGAUUCAUGAAGUAAAAUAUUUAAAGUAAUACCAACAGGAGAAAUAAUAAAA